AUGCAAAACACGGGUCUGCGCGGCGCGGUGAGGGAGCGGCAGGAGCGCAGGGCAAUGCGGCAGACGCGGUGGAAGCGGCAACGCGCGCGCAGAGACGCACGCGUGGGAUCUUCCUGCCGGUGCGCGCGGACGAGUGGAGAGGUUUUUGUGGUGCGUAAAGAUGAGGAUGGAUGGUGGACGCACACGGGGGGUUCGUGGGAUGUUGAGGAGGUUUCAGAGUGA